GAUUUAAAAAAUUUAAUAAUCAUAUAUAUGGACAAAAAGCCUAAGAUGAUAGAGAACAUAAACGACGAUUGUCAACUCAUUAUUAUCAACUACUUGGACUAUCAAUCACAAUACUUUUUAUGGGCGUCCUCAAAGUUCUUCGCUCCUCGAUUGCAUAGUAACGUCAGCUAUGUUCUACAACGCAAAUCCAGCCAUGUUUUAGACUAUAAUUACAUGUUUCUGGAGAAAAAUGGGAGCAGUUCUAAUCAGCUGCAGGAUGCCUUUCUUAGUACCAUUUGCUCAACGGUACAACAUUUGGAACUAAGAUCAGUUACUAUGAACCACUUGAAACACUUGAUGAAUCACAGCUUUCCAUGCAUUCGAUCGCUAGAAUACGAAUGGGCUAAUGUAUAUGAAAGUGAAUACAGACAAGCUCUUCAGCUGCUAGUGGAUCUCUUUCCUAGCAUCACAUCAUUUAAGCCAUUUGCGCCAGUAAACUUUGAAAGAAUGGAAAAGUGGAAAUUCUUGGAGAAGCUGUGGUCAAAUAAGCCUAAGGCCUUGGAUGAGGGAGUAUCACUGCAUACAUUUCAGGACUUAGAGCACCUAACAGUUAAUAUGCACUUCUUAAGGACCGCAUCCAUUGUUAGCGUCUUAAACUUGCCAAAGCUUCGUACGUUUAGUUUCUCGACUUUAUGUCCACAAACUAGAGCCCUUUUACCUAAGAUUCUUGAACAGCGACCAGAGGACAUCUGUAAAUUGAGUUUCAGCUUUAUCAACUGGACUUGGUUUCUGGAAUCACUGCUACUGCUGAAAAACUUGCGCCAAUUGACAUUAAUUGACAAUAUCCUUGGGAGCGGACAGUUUCAGAGAUUGGUUAGUAACUUGCCAGUAUUGGAACAAGUAAACAUUAUUGGAGGCCAGUUUUUGGACUGCGAGAUGGACCUCUGGGAUGCAGUCGCCAGCUGCAGUUCCCUCAAAAUUUUAAGUUUGUCACACAUACUGAUUGAGGAUGACUUUUAUGACUCGAGCAGACAGUUUAUGUGCGAAGCAUUGGACAAUCGCUCACAGCCCCUUCUGAUGCAUUGUUAUAAUACUGGGGAGGACGAACUUGAUCUGUAUAUGUCUCGUUUGAGGAACUAA